AUGAAGCACUUUACAAUUACAAAACUCCCAGACUAUGCACGGAAAGAUGUAUCGGAGAAAGCAUGGAAAGAAGUGGCCGCUGAAGUAAAUAUGACAGUGCAAGAUUGCAAAGAGAAGUGGAGAAAUCUACGAACCGUCUUUAUGAGAAGAAUGAAACCUUUCCCUAGUGGUUCUGGGGGGAAGAAAAAGGCGUACUACUUGGAAAAUGCCAUGCAGUUUUGUCUGCCAUUCAUAUAA